GUCGCGUCAGUCACUGCCGGCGUCCAGCGUGGAGUCCGAAGGGCUGUGCUGGGAGUCUCCCGUGUUCUUCCGCUGUUUUCUCCGGAUGCUCCGACAGCACGAGCUCUGAGAAUGAGGCGGAGGGUGGAGACGCUCUGGUUACCAUGGCUGCCUGGCCUCAGCGUAGCCUUGGAGACUUUGGGAGGGGAGAGCCGUUUCUGUAUGAGCGAUUUCAGCGAGGACUUGAUAAGGCCCAUGACAGAGGAUGACCCCGGGGGAAACUGUGUGCCCUCUGGUACAGGAAUGUAUCUUCCUUGGCUCCAAAAGCAUAUAGAAAGUGUGGCGACUGGAGGGAAAAAAGAGAAGGAUUUUGCUCAGACAACAAAUGCUUGUUUACAUUUUAUCCAAGAAGCUCUGCUGAAGCACCAGUGGCAGCAGGCUGCAGAAUACAUGCACAGUUAUUUUCAGACCUUGGAAGAUGCGGACAGCUGCAAAAGGCAGGCUGCACCAGAGAUUAUUUGGAAGCUCGGAAGUGAAAUCCUCUACUAUCAUCCCAAAAGUGGCGUGGAGACUUUUAAUACCUUUGCUGACAGGAUGAAAAAUAUUGGUGUCAUGAAUUACUUGAAGAUCUCCUUGCAACAUGCGUUGUACCUUCUGCAUCAUGGAAUGUUUGACGAUGCCAGCAGAAGUCUCAGCCAGGCAGAGACGUGGCGAUACGGCGAAAAGUCAUCUUCCCAGGAAGUAUUAAUCAACCUAAUUCAGGCCUAUAAAGGGCUCUUGCAAUAUUAUACUUGGUCUAAAAAGAAGAUGGAAUUGUCUAAGCUCGACGAGGAUGAUUAUGCGUACAACACAACAUCCCAGAAUAUGCUCAGCCACGGCUGGAAGACAUCUGUAAACCUUUGUGCAUUGAUUCAAAUUCCUGGUGUUUGGGACCCUUUUGUGAAGAGUUAUGUAGAGAUGCUGGAAUUCUAUGGCGAUCAAGAUGGAGCCCGAGAGGUGCUCACCAAUUAUGCCUACGAUGAAAAGUUCCCAUCGAAUCCGAACGCACAUGUCUACCUGUACGACUUUCUAAAGAGAGAGAAGGCGCCGAGAGAGAAGCUGAUAAGCGUGCUUAAGAUUCUGUAUCAGAUUGUACCGUCUCAUAAACUGAUGUUAGAAUUCCACAGGUUACUGAGAAAAUCAGGACGGGAAGAGCACCGCAGACUGGGGCUGGAGGUGCUGUUUGCUGUCUUAGAUUUUGCGGGAUGCACGAAAAACGUAACCGCUUGGAAAUAUUUGGCAAAAUAUCUCAGAGAGACCUUAAUGGGGCGUCACGUGGCCUGGGUUCGGGAGGGGUGGGACUCCAGGAGAAGCUGGUGGCCGAGCUUUCACUUCAGCUACUUCUGGGCCAAGAGCGAUUGGAAGGAGGAUAAAGCUUUGGCUUCUGAGAAAGCUGUGGUAGCUGGAAUCCUGCUGGGAAAAGGUUGUAGAUACUUUCGGUAUAUUUCAAAACAGGAUCAUCAAGUUUUCAGGAAGAAAAUUAAGCGGAUGAAGAAAUUAGUAAAAAAAUGCAGUAUUGUAAAUCCUGGACUCUGAUAUUGAUGCGCAGCAGCGGACAGCUGGACAGUGGAGGAGACCCUGCCCGUGAGGUUGUGCCCAGGGUCGUAUAGUAAGUCCAGUGGGAAAGCUUGGCUCACAGCCCAAGGAUAACAUCCCUGAAGUGAGAGCCGAGCUUUGUAACGUUGUGAAAACUGGUAGAGUAAGCGUUUCUUCGAGAGCGUAGGCCGAGAUCGUCAGGGCAUCUGCUCCCUGCACCCUUUAGUCAGAAGUAACAGGAUUUCCGCAUUCUCAUGACCUCUGGCAACAGAAUGUAGGGGAGGAGAAAGUGAAAUGAGUAACUGUGGUUCCUGGUUCCCAUACAAAACCGUUUCCUCGACUUUUUAUGUCACAUGUUCCUAGCUAGCUGUGCAAUGAGAGCAGUGUAAGUCAACAACUGUUUUAAUUUUUUAACGCCUGCAGCACCUGCUCUUCCUAGGCGGUCUCCCAUCCAAGUACUAACCAGGCCCGACCCUGCUUAGCUUCCGAGAGCAGACGCUCUCAGCCAUGUUCAGGGUGGCGUGGCCGGAGACAGUAACUGAGAUUUUUUAGGACCACGCUAAAGUUCAAGCCAGUUUGAUGAAUGAUUUCUAAAGUUUCAUGAAUGAUCGAGCCCUCUGGGCUUCACAUUCCGUCAUAUCGCCACCGCCUUCCUGUGCAUGAUCCAUAUCUUACCGGAAAAGGAAAUCAGGUCCUCAGAGAUUAAGGACCUUGCCCAAGGUCACAGCUGGUCGGUGGUGGCACCUGGGCCCAGCCCCGGUCCGCGUGGCCGCAAACCCUGCGCUCUGUACCGUUCGUACUGCUCCCCCGGUCGGUGUGAGUCAGCGUAACGUGCAAAGCGCUGAGCUGGGAAGCAGCUCUUUAUUUUUUAUUUUAAUUUUUUUCCUUUUUAUUUGUCGUUGACAUACAGCAUUAUAUCAGUUUCAGGUGUACAACGUAGUGCUUAGACAUUUCUCUACCUUAGGGCGUGAUGCCCCCGGUAAGCCUGGAACCCGUCUGACAGCGUGCGUGGUUAUCAUUCUAUUAUUGAUUGUGUUCCCCUGUGCCCUGCUUUACAUUCCCACGACACUUUUAUAUAACUGGUAAUUUUUACUGUUAAUCCCUUCAUCUUUUUUACUCCCCACCCCCCCUAACAUCUGGCAACCAUUCAUUGGUUCUCUGUGAGUUCGUUUCUGUUUUGUUCAUUUAUUUUGUUUUUUAGAUCCCACGUGUAAGUGAAACCAUAUGGGAUUUUUCUUUCUGUGCCUGACUUGUUUUGCUCAGCGUAAUACCCUGAGCAAAACAAUUUGUCGCUGGAUGGACACUUAGGCUGCUUCUGUAUCUCGGCUAUUGUAAAUAAUGCUGCAGUGAGCACAGGGCCGCAUAUAACUUCAAAUUCGUGUUUUGGAUUUCUUCAGAGAAGCGCCCAGAAGCGGAAUGGCUGGGUCCUGUGGUGCUUUUGUUUUUAAUGUUUCCGUGGCACCAACGGUGCAUAAGGGCUGUCUUUUCUCCAUGUCCUCGCCAGUGCUCGUCCUUUGUUGAUGUAUUGACGACAGCCAUUCUGACAGGUCUGAGGUGGUAUCUCAUUGUGGUUUUAAGUUGCAUUUCCUGAUGAUUACUGAAAUUGAGCUGCUUUUCAUGUAUCUCUUGGCCAUCUGUAUGUUCUCUUUGGAGAAAUGUCUAUUUAGGUCCUCUAACCAUUUUUAAAUCUGAUCGAUCAUGUUUUGGGGGUUAGGUUGUAUGAGUUCCUUAUAUAGUUUGAGUGUUAACCCCUUAUGGGACGUGUCAUUGUCGAAUGUCUGCUCCCGUUCAGUGGAUUGUCUUGUUGUGGGUCACAGCUUCCUUCUCGAUGCAAAACCUUUUUAUUUCGAUGUCGUCCCAUUUGUUUGUUUUUUUUCUUUUGUUUCCCUUGUCUGAGGGAACAUAACCAAAAAAAUGUUUCUGACAGAGAUGCAUGUGUUCUCUUCUACGAGUCUUAUGGUUGCAGAUCCAACAUGUAAGUCUUUAUUCCGUUGUGGGUUUUUUUUCGUCCGUGGUCUAAGAAAGCCGUCUAGUUUCUUUUUUCUUUUUUUUUUAACUUGUCUGUCCAGUUAUCCUAGCACCAUCGAUGGCAGAGACUGUCUUCACCCCAUUGUAUUUUCAUGCCUCUUUCGUCAUGGAUUAAGUGACCGCAUAGGCACGGCUUUAUUUGUGGGCCCUCUGUUCUCUUCCAUUGGUCUGUGUGUCUUUUUGUCAUGCCAGUGCCAUGCUGUUUUGAUCACUGUAUCCUUGUAGUAUAGUUUGAUAUCAGGUAGUAUUAUACUUCCUUUGUUCUCUUAAAUUAAGGCAAAACCAGACCAUUCUUUAAGGAAGGGGUCAGUGCCCUUUGGAUUUACUUACUUAUCCAUCUUUACAGCACAGGGGCUUUUUCUGCUAGAUCAAAUUAGAAUAUUUAUGUUUUAAAUAUCUUAAAAGGGAUAUAACAAACCCUUGAUGGAUGUGGUCUACUUGUCAUCUGACUUAACAUCUUCUGAAUAAGUUCAUUUUAAAAAAACUAGCCUAUUUGAGACUUUUCCUCCAUCCAAGAUUUAUGCUCCCCCAAAAAACAAUCAGCCACCAAGAGUCCACUCUUAGUGCUACGAAGAACCUUCCCGACGUUGUCUUUGUGGAUGUGGGUGUAGCCGUUUAAGCUCAGUGAAUAGAGGCAGAUUGUGAAUUUCUCUGUCCCCUCAGCCCCACAGUGAUAGUCGUUUAUUUAUAACUCCCAUCAUGCGUGUGCCAAGAAUCGAAAUAAUCUUAUCUAAACAUGCUCUUCAGUUGGCUGGCCGCAUCUGACAGAUUUUUUAAAUGAAGAAAAACAAGUAAAGUGACGACUGUUGCUUCCUUCCUCCCUCCCUCCCUCUCCCUCUCUCCCUCCCUCCUCCCUUCCUUCCUUAUUUCCUUCCUUCAUUUGGAUAUAUCAUGAUAUAAUUCAAAACACCUAAAUUUUUUAUUGCCAUAUUUUUAUUUCACCUAAAGCAUGACCCUAAUCUUUCACGGAACCUGUCUGUGUCUUAACUCACUUGUUGGUACUUUCGUAACACAGUACACACCUUGCUCACAUAGUAGGGUGGUUGUGAAGGUCAAGGAGAUGACAUGUGAGAAUAAUCUGUAAAUUGUAACGUGUAAUACAGACGAGAAGAGUUAUAAAUACUUCCCUGAUCUCACACACACGUGUUCACUUUCAACAGUGAGUGAAGGCAGAUGGUCUGUGAGGGCAGAUGAACUGCGAGAGAAAUGAGUAAACUGUGGGAAGCUACUUACUGAGCUAGAACAUUUUGCAUUUUUUCUGUUUUUUUCCGUGACCUGAUUCGAGGAUAAACACUAGACUCUUAACCUCUCCACAUCAUCUUUAAAAGGCAUUUGCCAUAUGAGACUGCGUGCGUGUGUGUGCGUGCGUGUGCAUGCGUGUGUGUGUGUGUAACUGCUAUGGGUCGAAUUGUGUGUCCCCAAACACAUUGGAGUUCCAACCUCCAGCACCUCAGAAUGUGACCUUAUUUGGGACGGGGUCUUCACAGAGGUUAAGCGAGGUCACUAGGGUGGGCCCUGGUUCAACGUGACUGACGUCUUUAUAAGAAAUGGAGGUUUAGACGCAGACGUGCCCGCGGGAGAACACCACGUGCGCACAGUCGGAAACCAGCCUGAUGCGUAGACGAGGCAAGGAAUGCAAAACGCUGCCAGGAAAGCCCGAAAGUCUGGGGUGGGGCUGGCACAGAUCCGCCCUGGUGGCCCUCCGAGGACCUCACCCCGCCGACACCUCGAUCUCACAUUCCAGCCUCCGGAACUCAGACAAGAAGUUUCUGUGGCUUCAGCUGCCUAGUUUGUGCUGCUUUGUUCUAGCCGCCCUAGCAAACUAAUGCAGUAGUUUUUUAAAAGAAUAAUCAUGUUUGCUUCAGAAGUGGAUGCUAACGUGAUCUCAGUCUCGUCCCAGCUGGUAGCUGCAGACUUGUCUCCUGAGCUCGCCUACCCGGGCUCAGGGCAAACUCGUUUUCUGUUCUCCCCCACUUGUUCCUUGUCUAAAUGUCCUGUUCGGCCAUCCUGAAGAUGUUCCUACCGCCCCGCAGCCUGGUGCCGUCUGUCUCUCCUUCGAAUCCCCAAUGCCAGUUCCUUAUUGUCAUUUUAAUAUAAUCUGCCUUGUAUUAUUUGGAAACAUAGUAUUAUAAUAUUUGGACAGUUAUUUUAAACUUUCUUCAAAGAGCAUAAACUCCUUGAAAACGUUUAUUUUAUGUAUGUUUUCUGCUAAACCUUUCUCUUCCAGCACAAUACUUUGCACACGAUAACAUGUACCUACUGAACUGACACUGAUUAUUGUUGAAUUAAUUAUUGCAUAAGUAUUACAUAAUCACAUGUAUUAUGUAAUUCAAAUAUGUAGUCUCAUCUGAAAUGUUACAUAUUUUAAUAAUCAGAAACUCAUGCUGUCACUAUGUCUGAGGAAACUUGCUGUGUGAUCUUUUCCUGCUAAUUUCAUAAUCGCUCUUUGCCCCAAACAAUAAGAUCCGAUUCGUACUUACUUGUCCUGAGUAGAUAAAAAGAUUUAUGUUUUA